GAGAUAGGAGCAGCGAAAAUGGUUUGACCAAUGAUCAUUGAGCCUCCACACCACAUGUAUCGUCCUCUUAUGUGGAUAAGCCACACCAACUCAAACAAAACUCCAAAACUCAAACCCCAUCAUGUUCCCUUCCUUCCAUUCUCUUCUCUCCACUUUCAAACACCACUCAUAGACACACAAUCACCCUUUUUUCUCAUUCAAAAACUCACCAUACCAUGUCCGUUCAGGCACGACGGCUUGCCGUUUUCUGCGCCCAUCUUAACCCGACCCGAUUACCUCCGGAUCCUCCCGCUCUAUUUCUUUCGCCUUCCCUCUGUGCUCCUCAUUCCGACGCCGAAAACCGCACUCUGCAAGACGAUUGCGUUUUCUGCAACAUUAUUCGUGGCCAAUUACCAGCUUUGAAGCUUUAUGAAGAUGACACGUGCCUAUGCAUACUGGAUACAAGUCCGCUGAGUCAUGGGCACUCCCUCAUUAUCCCAAAAUCUCAUUUUCCUUCUCUGGAUGCUACUCCUCCAUCAGUGGUAGCUGCAAUGUUUUCAAAAGUUCCCUUCAUUAGCAAUGCAAUCAUGAAGGCUACUGGCUGCAGUAUGUACUUCAAUACCUGUACAUUUAUCUGA